AUGAAGACCGUCAAGUCUCUUCUGUCGGUUGCUCUUUGGUGCAUCCUCGUCUGUAUUGUCUCAUCAUCAUCAACGCGGCACAAUCGGGAGCUGGAAACAGCAUUGUCGGAACUGUUCGAGACACACGAUCACCACCUCGACGACCAUUCGGAUGCCACAGACAACGGUCGAACUUUUGGCCGGAAGCGUGAAGAAAAGCGAGUUCUGAAGGAACUGUACUAUCUAGCGAAAGUGCUGCAAGCUUAUCGGCUUCCGCAUGCGUACGGUAGCAGCGUGUUCAACAGCGCCAUCGAACGCAUUACCAACCGGGAGCUGCUCGAGCAACUGGAACGAAAACUGCGCAAAGAGAACGGGUUCGAAGUGAUCUCCCGCAUCGGCACGAACGGAACUGACCCGGAUCCGUUACAGUUCCAGCUGGCGAAUGAUUUCCGUGUGCUUGCACCCGUCCUAGUUCGCACCCUACGGCGAGUGCAGAGCCUCAAGAGGGUACCGGCGAAUCUGCAACCCGACGAGAAGAGUAACUUCCUGUACGAGCUGCAGUGGGAUGUCCAAAACGAGUGGCAGACACUACGCGAGAUGGCAAACAGUUUGCAGGGAGCUGGUGUGCGACUGGUCAAACCCCUAGAACUCUAUCCUAAUAAGGUGCACCUGGUGCCGGGAGUAUACGAUGCACCGAUUGAAGUAGUUCCUGACGAUGUACAAGUGGUGAAUGUGGACACGGAAGAUGUUUGGGCUACGAAUCCAAUCGCUAGUGGCUAUCACUGGGGUGAUGCUAGAGGAUCCAGACCUCAGGACGACGAAAAUCUUUCAUGGGAGAUAGAGGAGCGAAGAACACCGGUCCGACUGCCAGAACCACAGACACCGGUCGUAAUAAUUCAGCAAUCCACCACGAAGAUCUCCGAAACACCACCUGCAGCACCGGUGAAACCUCUGCCCAGUAAAGUACGUCCAUUUCCGGUGCUUGUAAGUCCACCCGUAUCACCGGUGGCGUCUCAACUAACGGCCGAAGUGGACCGUAUCACCAGGGAGCUGAUCGCCGUUGAGCUGGAUAAGUUUCUGCUCCGCGUGGAGGACCUGUCCGGUGUGGAUGGGUUUUCGAAAGAGUUUGACCGGUCCGACCGCGCCCGUAUGGUCGGUUGGGUGAAGCAGUUCUAUUCUCCCCGAGUGGGGUUGGAUCAGCGGGAGUUUCUUCGAGCGCUAAGACGGCUGCUAAAGACGAAGCAGCUUCGAAGGGGUCGACCGGAUGUGUUGGAGGCACUCGACUUUCUGCAGACACAAUUGGACAUUGAUCGAAGAGAUCUCUCGGAUGAUGAGCACUUUUCAGAUGAUGUCGUCGGUGGACCCUGCGGCUACCAUGGCUCGUACACGUUUUUCAAGGGCGUUAAAAUAACGUUCGGUCAGAAGGCAACGCACGAACCGGGCAGUGGCUCUAGCUCGUCCGCUUCGUCCGUAGCCAGCCUACCAGUGUCCGCUGCCGGCAGCGGAAGUGUUGGUGGCCCAUCACACAGCACUGCCAACACUACCUCCACCAACAGCAGCAGCAGCAGCAGCACUACCAGCAAUGGCCACGAUCGGCGACGCCCAUCCGUCGACAUUCCCAGCGAGGGUGGCACGACCGACUCGCCGGAUUCCUCCUCCACAGCAGCUGUCACCGAGGCCAAAUCGGCUGGUGAGGACGGUGAAACGCCACCAGCCGGGGAGGAACGGGACGAGCGGUUGAAGGACCGCAAUGGCGGCACUUCCACUGCCCAGUGCAAUCAAACCAAUGCCAACAGUAGUAGUACGUCGACGACCGGCGGCAGUAGUAGUAGCAGCAGUAGUGGUGGUAAUAGUGGAAAUAGUGGUAACAGCAGUACUAGUAAUAGCAAUAGCAAUAGUUAUAGUAACGGUAACAACGGUAGCUCCAGUGCCAACGGUGGCACCAGUGGAAAGAGUCAAAAUGGCAACCAUGCGAAGCCAAAACAAACGCAACGAAAAUGUGUCAGCGAAAAUGGCGUCGGUGGCGUUGGCGGAGGUGGUGGUAGUGCUGGCGGCAGUGUUGCCAGCAGCAACGGUACCAGCACCAGAGCCGGUAUCAACAACAACCUUUGCCGAUUAACGUCCGUUGAUCGAGAGCAACACUACCGACCGCUGGUGCUGGCGCUGGGCGACUGCAUACCGGUCCGACCGUGGUCCGACUCGCCGAUCGCGUGCCUGGCCGAGCUGCGGAUGGUCUGGAAGGAUCGGAACGAGCAGUGCCUGCUGAUAGCCCUCCGGCUGUACUUUCUGCCGGAAAAUACACCGCUGGGCCGUAACUGCCACGGCGAGGACGAGGUACUUGCGAUCUCCGACAAGGUGAUACUGCGGGCAGAAGACCUCCUCAACUGGAUCGAUACCGAGCAGGAAUGGAGCUGGGGUCUGCUAACGCUGUUCGACGAGUACAGUGCCAAGGAUUGCCUCGGAAUGACGCGACAUCUCAGCAAGAACUCGUCGCUGGACUUUGGCGAUGUCGAUAAGGAGAAGCAUUCGGGUGAAAACAUUGUCUCGAAAGUGGCAGUGUUAAGCUUUUCAAGGUAUUGUCGUUACCGGGCGCUGCUGAAGCGCUUGGAAGGUGUUCAGCACGCGUGGCUACGAAAUGCGCUGGUGGAAACGCUUGGCGGGUUUGUCGCGCCCGUCCCCAACAUGCGGAUUAUGUUCUGCAAAGAAACGUUCGACUAUCCAGAGCUGGAAACACACGAGCUGCUGUGCAAUCAUCUAGCGCCAAAGCUAAAGGGAAGGCCACGCGGCAAGCGAAAGAAAACGCUGUCCGACUCGUCACAGUACACCAAGAAGGAAGGCUGUACGGACGAGAGUGAAUCAAACGAAUCGGACAUUUCGGACUAUUCUUACAGCAAAGUGUCUCCCGGCAAGAAGGUUAUCGAUCUCCAUCCUACCCCGCGCUACAAUCCCCGACCAUCGCGCGGAUCCUCCCAAACGAAGCAGGAACCGAUCAGUGUGGUUAUUUCUGCGUCCGCCGGUACGGUCAAACCGGGCACCGGGAACCAUCUAUCCCAGCGCAAUCGGUCCAAAUCCACGUCCAAGUCGAAAACCUCCAAGAAGUCGAAAUCAGCCACGAAAGCGGCACGCAAAGUGGGUCGUCCAGGCAGCGGCAAGAAAUCGUCCUCCUCGUCCUCCAACUCAUCCCUGGCAGCUGCCGGAGCUGGUGGCGAAUCGGAGGAGGAUGAAGAGGAGGGAGAUGAGGACGGUGAGGAUGGUGGGUCGUCGUCUGCGCGGGGCACAUCGAAGGAUCGUGACCGGGAAGAUGAGGCGGACGAAGACGAGGAGGAGAUGGACUACGAGGAGGACGAGGAAGAGGAAGAUGAUAAUCUGUUCCGGGUGAACGAACGGAUGAGUUCGUCCGAGCGUGAGUUCCUGCAGCGGUUGCAAGAAUUCCUCGAUCCACGGGCGCUCCAGUAUGCGGACAGCCAGGCUGUUUCGCUGAAAAAUGUGAGCCUGUACGCGGUGUAUGCGAAGGUGCAAAAGAUCGGUGGCUACAGUGCGGUGACGGAUAAGGAGGUGUGGAACCAACUGCUGCAAGGAACGGGUGCUGACAAUGGAGUUCUUAGCCGGCGGAAGUACGAGAAGAUUGUGCUGCCGUUCGAGAAACAUUUGCGCGAGCUGGUCGCCGAUCAAGAUUCGGAUUUGAAACGGAAAACGACGUUACUGCUGCUGGACGUAGACGAAUUGGACAGUAAGCUUCGUUUGCUGCGCGAUGUAAAGCUGGAGAAGCGUGAUCCGGACAGUAAAUCACUCGCGCUGAUAGAGAACAACGGCAACGCUGGGUUGGAUUACUCGGUAAAGCGGGAGCUGGUGGCGAAGGAUGAGCUGUACGGGAAGUGUGGGCUUAAAGAGGACAGCAAUGGAUCCGGCGGUGGUGGUGGUAGUCCGAAUGGUGGCGUACAUCUCGGAAUGUCCCCAGUAUCGGUACCGCUGACGGUUAUCGUUCGUCCAAAUCUCGAUGAAAAGGAUCAAAAGUCGUCCCAGAUACAGAUCAAGCAACCGCACACGACGAUCACGGUACACCAGACAACGAUCCAUCCGCACAAUGCCAAUCACCAUCAUCACACCAGCCAGCCAAAUAGCAAUCAUCAUCACCAACACGGUGCGAUGAGUGGACAGAGUCCGCAGCACAUCACGAACCAGAUACAGAUCACCAAUCAGAUCCAGAUCCAACAGAUCACGGUACAGUCGAAUGAUAAGAACGGACCUGGUAGUUUAACGGGAGCCGGCACCGGAAGCCCGAAUGAAUCUGCGGGACAGUUCAAGUAUAGCUUCAAACAGGACAAAUCGGGUCAAGAGCUGAACAUCGAACCGGCCGCAACGACGCCGAAGUCAAGCUCCACCACAAUCGCUUCAGGAGCUGGAUCACCGUCCGAGGGUGCAUCAUCACUGAGUCUAUUCCCGCUAAACCGACAGGGUACUGAUCCGGAUCUAACGAUAAAGGAAGUUUCGGUGUGUCCAACCAGUGGAACCCUGUCCAUCACGUCCAGUGCGUGCGUGCCAACCACACCCUCCAAGACGAGCUCGCUGCGACAUGUGCGAAUGAAGAAUGAUCGCAAGGGCGGUUCCGGUGGGAUGCUAAUGGAUGCUGGAGGAUUUAUGGGUGCUAGUCAGAAGGAGAACAUUCCACUGCUUGGUGGUGGUGUUGGAUCGGCGAGUUUGUUCGGUGGCCAGAGUCUAACCACCAUCACCCCGAUUCCGGCUAACAUGAUGAUGGCAGGAGGGUUUCUUGGCCAUGGUGCUGUUGGGGGUUCGGGUGGCCGCUCUUCAAUGGAUCUGGAACACUCCGGCAAGCAGCAACAGCAGCAAACACCGGCAGCAACGGAAGUGAUCGAUCUGGUUGAUAGUGAUAACGAAAACGAUAGUUUGCCGUCGGGAGGACCAGAAUCGUCCGCCAACCGUAAGCAAGCAGGUCAGGCGAUGCGUCCCAUUCCCUCGCUGCUGCCCCCGAUGAAGAAGCGCAAGCUGGAUAUUUUACGCGAGGGUGGUCUCGAGGUAACACCGAUCUCAAACGGGGCCAGUAUCUUCUCGAGUCUCGGCAAAAGUACGGGACCUCCAAAUCCGAUGCGUAUCAACAUCACUGCCGAACUGAACACGACCCCACCACGGCCAGAGGUAGCGAAACGGAACGAUCAGCCACGCAAAUGCAUUCCGACUCCACUCGAGUUCCAGACGCACUGUAUGUACACACGCACCGAAAAGAUAUUCGGCGAUCCGAAGGAGCUGGUACCGCCGCGUGCACCCAUACCCGCACCGGAUCUGCUCGAUUUGACCGGCCGCAUGGGCAUGGGUAUGGUGGGUGUAGAUAGCAUUGCCAACCUUUCCGGCAAAAGCCAACCAUCGCUGCCCGGUAUGGAUUUCUCCGCUGGGGGUAAUGUGCGUCAGAAUGCCCGCACAGGACCGGCUUCCCGGACGGCACCUAGCCUGCAGAUUACGUUGGUGCCAGGGCCUUCUAAUAAUCACACCAACGCUGGUGGUGUUCCCGGUCUUCCACCACCAAUGAUGACCCCGCUGAAUAUUCCCGUACCGGUGCCAAGUCAGCAGACAGCAGCGUCAUCCUCCUCCAUGGGACACAAGAAAUCGAAAGCGUAUGAAAUUGUGCCAUUACGAGACGGCGCUGGUGGUGUUACAGCUCCAAUGAAGGAACCGAGUCCCAAGGUAACGAUCGGUCCAUCGUCUUCGUCGUCCUCUUCGUCCAGUUCCACGAACGGUACCAUCAUUCCGCCACCACCACCACCGUCCGCCAGCCAGCUGGGACUGAUGGGUGCUGCUGCCGCAUCGCCAAACAACCUGCUUGAAACGCUUGCCAACCUGCAGAAGGUGAACCCGGUACUGAUGGCCAGCAUACUGUCCUCGUCCGGCAUCUCGAAGUCAUCCAUACCGGGACUAACGCAGCUUCUCGGUACGCUUGCCGAUCAAUCGCCGCUAGCACCACCGACCGCGAAGAAGACGCAACGGCGACGAUCCAACUCACAGGCGGCGGCCGCAGCCGCAGCAGCUGCUGCAGCCAGUUCCGUUCCAAACGCGCCACCACCCAACGUUCCAUCGGCCGGUACGGGUGGUGUUCCACCCGGCAACGUCCCUUCGCUGCCACCGUUCCCGAUGCCCCCGGGAAAUUUGAACAUAAUGCCACCAGGCAUGCUACAAUCCAACUCGCCAUCCCCACAACAUCAUCCACCGCAGGCUGAUUCACCCACGUCCGCCAACCAUCCGCUCAGCCAGCAGAUCAAGCUGCUCCAGCAGGUACAGCUCCAGCAGCAGCAAAAGUUCUUCCAGCAGAAAGCAUCGGAGGAACAGCAGAAGCUGCAAAUGUACCAGCAGUACGCCCAGAAGCAACAACCCUCCCCGAGCCAGGGUUCUCCCGUGUCUCCGGUUUCGACCGUUGGCGCCGGUUCACCCUUGCCGGGAACACCGCCCCUGGCAAUGCCACCUUCCCCCGUGUCGGUACCGCGCAUUCCGGUCGUACCACCACCGUCCGCCGGUGUACUGGCGGGGCUUCCGCCCGGUGCUGGAGCCGCUUUUCCACCCCCGUUCGAUCCCAUCUACCUGCCGCUGUACGCCAAUCCGGGCCUCUACCUGCAAAGCCUGCCACCGGAACAGUUGCUGCAGCUGUAUAAAAACCUCCCGCAGGGCAUUCCAAUCACCAAGAGCUAG